AUGGGCAGCGUGCGGUUGCUCGCAUCACGUGCCACCAGCGUUGAUGACGAUCGCGCCGCGGCCAACGAUAACGUACUGCAGCGCGCAGCGACAGCACUGCAAGCGGCCGAGCAGCAAGACCAAGACGCCUUCUAUGCUGCUCAUGUGGCAGCUUGUGCAUCGCUGUACAGCAGUCGUAUCGAGGUGGAUGGCAACACGACGCUGGCUGCCAUCGUCAACGCGUCCCUGUAUGGCUUGAUGACGGCCCUUCGUGGGGAAGUGACGUAUAGCACCAGUCCUGGCGGGCUGGCCACCAACACAUACCAUGGGCACACCUUCUGGGACGUUGAGACGUGGAUGUGGCCAACGCUGAAUCUUUUCUAUCCAGACAUUGCGCUGAGCGUGUUGACCUAUCGCAGCAACCGCUUGGGCGCCGCGGAGUCUAUUGCUCGCUCACAUCACAUGGAUGGGGCCAUGUUUCCGUGGGAAUCGGCUUUUACGGGACAGGAGACGGAUCCUGCACCAGGUACGCUGAAUGAGGAGCACAUUCAAGGAGACAUUGCCUUUGCAUUCCGACAAUACUUUCAAGCCACGGGCGAUGGCGCGUGGCUCAAUUCCACGGGGUAUGACGUGCUCGCCAAGGUGGCCGCCUUUUGGGCAUCCAAGGCGCAGCGCAACUCUGAUGGCUCGUACAGCAUCCCCGAUAUCAUGGGUCCGGAUGAGUAUCAUGGUGGUGUGACGGACAGUGUCUACUGCAACGUCAUUGCCCAAUUGAGCUUGCAGACGGCCCAUGACUGGGCGGCCCGAGUGGGUCGUGCGCCCAACGCGACCUUGCAGACAAUUGCGCAAAACCUCCGCGUCUUGUUCAACGCGAGCACCGGCAUCCACCCUGAAUAUCUGGGCUACGAUGGCUCCACGGUGAAACAGGCGGAUACCAUCUUGAUUGGCUAUCCGCUGGGCUAUAACAUGACCGCGGCUGUACGGGCAGCAGACCUGAACUAUUACCGCGAGCGGACCGAUCCCCAUGGGCCGGCCAUGACCUGGGGCAUGUUUUCAAUCGGCUACCGGGAUGUGGGGCUGGCAGCAGAGGCGGACGAUUUCUUCCAACAAUCGUUCGAGGGGAAUCUGGUGGGGCCCUUUCUUCGAUGGGCCGAGGUUAAGGGAGGUGGGGGUGCCUUCAACUUUAUCACGGGUGCGGGCGGGUUUCUGCAGACAGUGUGGGCUGGCUACGGUGGUGCCCGUUUGACCGACGAUGUACUGGAGCUACGGGCGCCAAGCCCGCUGCCCGGCAGCACGGGCUUGCUGUUGCGCGGCCUUGCCUAUCAGGGCGGCCGUUUCACAGUCGAGGCCCGGCAAAGCCCGGCGGGUUGGACCCUGACGCUAGCACACGGUGGAGAUGCCUCGUCGUUUGAGUUGGCCGUGGUUGCCGCCGCUGGCGUGAUUCCAACGCCCGACCAAUGGCAGCCCCUACCCGCUGGCCAGCCUCAAGCCUUUCAGAUUGGCAGUGUAGUGCUUGUUCGCUCCAAGUCAGCGUGA